UCAACGAACACCCCGAAACCACUGCGUUAGAUAUAGACUAUCCAAGGAAGUCGCUCGCCACAGGCGCACGCUGGUCAGAACGCAGACACAGUAGUUCAAUGUUCAAGUUCAUAUCCUGCCGUCAGUGACGAGGACGGUCAUAUAUCGAACCACAAACGAAGGAACGAAACGAUGUCGCACUCCCGGUACACGCCUCCCCACCGACAGCUUCCACAGACUUCACUCCAACAAAGAUCACCAUUGUCUCCGAUAUGGCCUUCGCAAGCGCUUUUUACUUCAGCAGGUCGCAUCCAUCCUACGAUUGCCUCGUUCCUUGCCUCAAACACCGCCAGCAGCUGCACGUCUAGUCCCUCCGCCGUAUUCUCUGCCUCUUCGCCGCAACCCACACGUUCCAGUCAAACGCCUUCCGCGACUGCUCUUCUCACACUGCCAACCGGGUUCGUGACUACAGCUAGCCGCAAUCCUACCGAGCUCGCCCUACUUCUCGAAAUCGGAUAUUGCGCGUUCAAAAUCGACAAGCUCGCUACUUGGGAGCGCGAGCGCGCGUACAUGGAGGAAUCUCUCAAGGAAUGUCUGGCUUUUUGUGAAGACAUGUGUAUACCCGGACUUAGGAACACGGGGCAAAGCGACAGCCCGGCCUUGUCCUUUCCAUUCACGCGCCAUCUCCAGUACACCGCCGCCCUUCCACUGCUGUACGCGGCGCUGGAAAAGAUCCAAUCGCAGCGCCGUAGCCUUUUACUGCACCUGGAUAGCGUCGUCGUGCAGCUCAUCGCCCAUCGACAUGCCUGCUUGCAGUUUGCAGAGUUCAAUCACGGCGUCGCGGGCGAGGUGCAGCGUGCGGGCGUGAGAUAUUUGGCCGCCUCGAAAGGAUUGUUAGCGGAAGUGCAGAGGAGGCUAGUUACCCGCAUAGAUUGUGUUUUGAGUGGACGCGACCCGAGCUUAGAAGAUGCGAAAGAGUGGAGCUCUGUCAUAUCCGAAUGUAGGCGGCAAGGCGAAACCACAGAGGAUGAAGGAGACGUGCUGGAUGCGCCAACUCACGUCAGCGAUACCGUUGUCCUAGGAAGGCAUCUGAAACGGAAGUGGGCGGACCAAAGACAAAGCAUGGACGCGGAAAAUGAUACGGCUUGCGAUGAAGCGGACCGAGAAAGUGGGGAUCAGGACGUGGCACACCCGAAGAAACACGCUAAGACAGGCCUGGACGCCGCAGCGGAAGGGAUGGAUGACAAUAGCGACGACCGCAAUGGCAGCGAUAUCUCUGAGGAAGAGGAUCCGGAUACUACACGCCUAUCCUCCGCGAAAAGGCUGAAAACAACACAUGUGAGCGAGUCCGUCGUUCAGUUCGACGUUUCAGCGGACUCCACGUCUACUCCCCAGCAAACCACCAACGCACAGCAGCCAAAUGCGGGCUCGACUUCCAAACUCAGCCUCUCCUCAGGAUCCGGUUCCUCCCAUUCCCCGGCCAUCUUCGCCGAGGACCACCUGAGGCCCAGAAUGGCGCGGUCGCAAAGCAACAUUGAGCAAAGAGUGUCUCCGAGAGAAAAAAGUGAUGACAUGCAGCCGGCACAAUCGAGGGGUCGCGCGCCAUUCACGCAGCAACCCCGCUUCCGUCGAGCAUACACAACGGGACACUCGUACGUGAUAACGUCCACCCCUUUGGACGAGGUACAGCAAGGAGAUCAGUCACGUCGUCUCACGCAGGACAGCACUACCACCAAUGAAGAUGACGAUUACGCGAUUCAGUUGGAGUUGCCUUCUUUGUCGGGGCUUCCGCCAGCAUCGGGCGAAAGCAUCGAAUCGCACAACCCGCCCUCCGCUCCAGAAACGGCUAAGAACAAUGAAACUACCGAACGCGCAUCCGAUGGAAGUACCAUACACCUCUCGCAGGAGUCCGUGUCCCAGAAGACACAUGAGGACGACGAACCUGCGAGCGGAAAGGCUCACCCCAAUGAAAGUGAAGUCGACGGCGAAGGAGCAGACGCCUAUCUGUCUCAACCAACUCCGCUCGGCCACGUAGACUCCCUGUCGGAUGUCCCGUGGUCGUCCAGCGCAUACGAACAUUUACAUUCGGGCGCGGCCACCGACUCCGGGUCAAGGGAGACCCUGAAUGGCGGCGAGUAUCCGGAGAGCUUGCAAUUGGCGCAUGUUGACACGGACGACGAGGGGUCGGGCGAUGAACAGGGCAGUGACGCGAAAUCCGACCAUAGUGUGGUGGAAAUGGACCGAAAGGUCUUCUCUAGCGAGAAGCUGUCAUGUCUGGAGGAAGAAGCGCUGUCUGCUGAGGCUGGAAAGGAUGCGGAGCUAGAGGGCGCGGAAGCGGAGGAAAGUCCGAGUGGCGUCGACGGUGGGCCCGGGCGACGCACCGAUGCAAACGAUGAUGACUCGGCCAUUCCUUUCGAGGAGCCCCAAGGAAAUCAACAAAGCCUAAGUGUCCUCGCGAAUCCAGUACGAGCGGACCUCAUGCAACCACAACCACACCCGCUGCUCCUGCGCCGCGCGCAAAGCGAUAUCCCACCCUCUUCACACAGCGCGAGCUUCGCGACCCAGCAUCACCCCCAUAUCCCCAAUUACAUCACACAAGCAGUAAGCAAUGCGUCGAACAUAUCCGAGUUGCGCAAUACCCCCACGACGACGACUACGAAUAUGUGGUCGCAUUUUGACGUCACUGUCCCGCGUACGAGCACCAGUGUCGUCUCGGCGCCCGCAUCACCUCGUAGAAGACGGAUCUCGACAAGCGCUCCCCCAGUUGUGGCUGUAGACGACGCCAUGGACGAGACCACGACGACUUUUUUCACCGCAACAAGCCUCGCGGAAGCGAGCCUGCCCUCGCUAGCCGACGUCUCCCUCGUCCUCAGUCUCAGCUCCGUAUCUUCGUCAACCUCGGCGUCAGCGUCGUUGAAGCCCCUUGCUCUGGCCAUGGCCAUGGCGAGCGGGAUGCAUGAUGGUGCAGCGGCGGAUGCGGAUGUGGAUAUGCAGAUGCAUAAUAGUAUGAACGCGGGCGGUGGCACGGGCAGUGGUCUAAGCGCGUCGCAGGAGACGGAUGUGGCGGUUGGUUGAAGUGAUUGCUCGUUCUCGGCGCUUGGAGAGUGGAUGCGGACAGCGCCACUGCAAAUAGCCGGGAGCCGGUAUUCCUAAUCAUUCAUAACAAGUGACGGCAGGAGGAAAAGCUGGUGCACCGCUAGAUUUGAACAUGCCAAUACAUAUGUUGGAUGCGGUAUCACGCGACGAAG